AUGGCCAUGAAGAUUACAACAGUGGUACAGUUUGUGUUGGUGCUCAUAGCUUGCAGUGGAUAUGCUGUCACCUGCAGCUCCACUAGUGUAAACGAAACAGAUCGGCUGUCACUGCUUGAUUUCAAGAAGGCAAUCAUUCUUGACCCACAGCAAGCCCUGAUAUCCUGGAAUGAGAGCACACACCAUUGCCGAUGGAAAGGUGUCAUGUGCACAGCAAAGACUCCAUUCCGUGUCAUUUCUCUUCAUCUUGCAAAUCUAGGUUUGCUAGGACAAAUCUCUCCUUCACUCGGAAACUUAACAUAUCUAAGUAAUCUGACACUAUUGGACAAUAGAUUUACAGGAAAUAUACCUCCAUCCCUAGGCCACUUGCCUCACUUGCAAACCCUUUACUUGAGCAAUAACACACUACAGGGAAUUAUACCAGAUUUUGUGAACUGCUCCAGUCUUAAGGUUUUAUGGUUGAACGGCAACAAUCUAGUUGGACAGUUUCCAGGCUUGCCUCCUCAACUUCAGCAGCUCCAUCUUGCACUUAAUUAUCUUACAGGAACUCUCCCUUCUUCUCUUCCCAAUAUCACAACGCUACUAAGGUUUAGUUGUGUGUAUAAUAAUAUCGAGGGAAACAUCCCCAAAGAGUUUGGAAGGUUCCCUAGCCUACGGACUCUGCUGGUGAGUGAAAAUCAUUUGACAGGUAGGUUUCCACUAGCCAUCCUGAAUCUUUCUACUCUUGUUUCCUUAGGACUUGGUGAGAAUCCUUUAAGUGGUGAGGUGCCUUCUAAUCUGGGUAGCUCUCUAUGCAAUCUCCAGAUGCUUUUGUUGGACGGAAACUUCUUUCGAGGGCAUAUCCCAACUUCGUUGAGUAAUGCAUCAAAUCUUAGAAUCAUUGACAUAUCAGCUAAUAAUUUUACAGGAGUGGUGCCUAGUUCCAUCGGCAAACUUACUAAACUUUCUGAAUUAAAUCUUGAGUUCAAUAUACUCCAAGCUCGUGACAAGCAAGACUGGGAGUUUUUUAACAACUUAGCCAACUGCACUAUGCUACAAACAUUCUCGGUUGCUUAUAAUCAGCUAGAAGGUCAGGUACCAACUUCAUUAGGCAACCUAUCGGAUCAGCUUCAGAAUCUAUAUUUGGGAAACAAUCAUUUGGUCGGUGAAUUUCCUUCGGGCCUAGCAAACUUUCCCAAUCUGAUUAGUUUAGAAUUGGAAAAUAACCAAUUUACAGGUGUAGUUCCAGAAUGGUUCGGGACUCUGAAAAAUUUGCAAGGAAUAUACUUUAGCAAAAAUAUGCUUAGAGGGCCUAUUCCAUCAUCUCUUUCAAAUAUGUCUCAAUUGGCCGUGCUCCUUCUAGAGUCUAACAGGUUUGAAGGACAAAUACCUUCAGGUUUUCAAAACCUUCAAGUGCUUGAAACAUUGAGCAUUUCAAACAAUCUUCUUGAUGGUAUAAUACCAGCGGAGAUCUUCAGAAUUCCAACAAUUCAGCAAGUCAAUUUGUCUUUCAACAACCUAGAUGGACAAGUUCCAACAGAAGUAGGUAAUGCCAAGCAACUGAUUUAUCUGCAACUUUCAUCCAAUAAGCUAUCUGGAGAUAUCCCUAAAACCUUGGGUUAUUGUGAAAGUUUGGAGGAUAUCAAGCUAGACUGCAAUCUUUUCAGUGGAAGGAUCCCCACUUCAUUAAGCAAUAUAGCAAGCCUAAAAGUUCUCAAUUUGUCUCACAACAACUUGACCGGAUCAAUACCAUUGCCUCUUAGCAACCUGCAAAUGUUUGAACAAUUGGAUUUGUCAUUCAACCAUCUCACGGGCGAGGUCCCAACCAAAGGAAUAUUUAAGAAUGCAACUGCUGUGCGAAUUGAUGGAAAUCGAGGGCUUUGUGGUGGCCCAUUAGAGUUGCACCUACUCGCAUGUUCUAUCAUGCCAUUGAGUUCAUCUAAGGACAAGAAAUAUCUUGUGCUGAAAGCAACUAUCCCAGUGGUCAGUGUGUUAUCACUUGCUAUGAUCAUAUAUGGUCUAUUCCUUUUUAGGCAGAAGCAAAACAAAGCAUCUAUCUCUGUGCCCUCAUUUGGAAGGAAAUUUCCGAAAGUCUCUUACAAUGAUAUUUCCAUGGCAACAGAGGGGUUCUCUACAUCCAAUUUAAUUGGAAAAGGAAGAUAUUCUUCGGUAUAUCAGGGGAAACUAUUCCAAGAAAGAGUUGUGGUUGCUAUCAAAGUUUUUAGCCUGGAGACAGAGGGAGCACAUAAGAGCUUUGUUCAAGAAUGUACUGCUCUGAGAAAUGUGCGGCAUCGCAAUCUAGUACCCAUCUUGACUGCGUGCUCAAGUAUUGAUUAUAAAGGAAAUGAUUUCAAAGCCUUGGUUUUCGAGUUCAUGCCACGAGGUGACCUACAUGCAUUACUGUACAUGCAAGAUGAUUCAAACACUUCAACUCUGAGCCACAUUACUUUAGCUCAAAGGUUAAGCAUUGUGGUGGAUGUUGCAGAUGCAUUGGAAUACCUCCACCAUAACAACCAAGGAACUAUUGUUCAUUGCGAUCUGAAGCCUAGCAACAUUCUCUUGGAUGCUAACAUGACGGCACAUAUUGGAGACUUUGGUCUUGCAAGGUCCAAAGUUGAUUCUACAGCAUCAUCGUUAGGUGAUUCAAUCUCAGCAUCUUCAGUUGCUAUAAGGGGAACAAUAGGAUAUGUUGCACCAGAAUGUGCUGACGGUGGUCAAGAUUCAUGUGCUGGGGAUGUUUAUAGUUUUGGGAUUGUUCUACUAGAAAUAUUUUUUCGGAAGAGGCCAACUGAUGAUAUGUUCAAUGAUGGACAAAACAUUGUGAAUUUCGUUGAAACAAACUUUCCUGACAAGAUACUACAGAUUGUAGAUCCAGAGUUACUAGAAGAGCAGCAUGAUUUCUCACGAGAAACUUCAGUGUCCAUGAAGGAGAAAAGCUUGGAGUGUUUAAUUUCAGUUAUAAACAUUGGACUUGACUGCACUAAGAAAUCCCCAAAUCAGCGCAUGGGCAUGCAGGAUGUAGCUGCAAACCUGCACAGAAUCAAGGAUGCAUAUCUAAAGGGAAACAUAGAUCCAUCUGGUCAUUAG